AUGGAUUACGAACGCGGACAUACACAUACAUACACACACCCAAACACACAUACACAUAAACAUACACCUAAAUACACGUACAUACACGCCCACAUACAUACAGACAUACAUCUAAAUAACCAUACACACACGCCCACAUACAACACAUAUAUAUAA